UUAGAGACUGCCCAUCUCUAGCAAAAAAUGUUCUCGUAUUACUUCAAUUAUGUCACUUGUCAUGUCAAUUGCGUUUCUGCUUUCUGUCAGUCUGUCAAUUUUCCCCCAUCCCCCAUCCUCCAUAGAAGUUCUUGGGGUGGAAAAUCCGUGUUUCCACUUUCAUUCUCAUAUUUUAUUAGUAAACAGCCCCAACAAUGUCUGGUUCAGUAGGAAAGGCUGCCAAGCCCCAACUGCGAGGUCUUCUGCACCAGCAAAUUAAGAGGAACAUUCUUUUGGCUGCUGCCGUUGCCACUGCCGCUGCAGUUGUCCAGAAGGUUUUCGUGAACAAUCCCCGUAUGCAGGUCUACGCCGAUUUUUACAAGACCUACGAUAUUGAAAAAACUUUCCACCAAAUGAGAAACAAAGGGCUGUUUGAUUCAUGUGAACCUGAUAACUAAUUGAAGUUACUCGAAUGGUUGUAGUCAUUUUGUUGAAUUAUUAUGUGUAAUAAAAUACUUAAAAUAGGUUAUUUCAGAAAGUUUCAUUUCCCGGUGGUUUCUGCCUUGCAGUGUUCCAGGCAGUUGCCGUGGAGUUUUUUUGUACCGAUUUGCCGUAUAUCAUAGAAACAAUUGCUGUACGGCUGGAACUUUUUAAUAAAAUCGUUAAGUGCUUAAGUAUCUUAAAAAUAUAGUUUUUUAAUAAAGUUUUGGGAAAUUC